AUGGAGCGAUCUACACGCGAACAUCCGAUGAAUUCAUUCCAAAGAAUACUCCUUGAGGAGCUAUCUAAUAACAGGCAUGCUCAUGAUUCUAGCGUUCUUGCUGCUAUAGACGGCCGGAUUCACAACUUGGAACUGGGCACGAGCGCAAUGCAAACGCUCCUCAGAGAACUGGGUAAUCUGUUUUGGCCAGAUUACUACUGCUAUCAUAAGGAGGAGAUUGGGACUAGGCUUAUGAAGUUGUUUUUAUCGCGCUGGAGUGGCCUAUAUCUCUUGAUGGAGGAGUUGUUUGCCGACGCGCAGUCUCACAACUCGUUGAUUCAGAAAGUUCCACAGGAUUUAUCGUUCCAAUAUUACCAAACAGUCCUGCCGGAAGUAGGGGAACAUAUCGAAACUACCACGACUAUGCUAAGACAGAUCAGAGAUGCAGCACAAGGACUUGACGAUUCAGAAGUGUUGCGGGGCAGUUUCAAUAGAUUGACCGCGGAGUUGAGCCUCCAAACCCUAUACGCUUUUAAAGGAGAUAUGGAGAUGGCAUUGCAGACCCUCGAAAGA